GUGUUUCUCUGUGUGGAUUUUGUUGGUUUUUGCCGGUUGCUGCUGUCGUCGUGGCUGCGACUCCAGGCGGCACUUUUCGUUUACGUGGUGGCCCAUGAAGUUCGGUGCGCUCCGUUUCGUCUCGCUGUAUCCUCCCCCCACACCCGCAGCAUGUGAGAAAAAACUGGGCAAAGAAAAGAAAAAAGAAACCAAUCAAAAAACCAAAAGACUGCCCUGCAAAAACACUACAACCGUAAUUAUUUAAAUAGUAAUAUUAGUAAAUAGUAAGAAGUGUGCGCGCGCGCGUGUAACAGUUAUGUGAUAUCUACAACAGAAACAACAACAAAACCCCAACCAACAAACCAACAACACGAAUAAGUAACUUUUUGUAACUGCUGACGUCACACACCGCACGCCCCGUCUGUCGCCAUCGUAGUAAAAAUUUCCCACACUCUCCAAAGCCCCCCACUCACGCACUCGCUCGCACACACACCCGGAACAAACACCCCGCAUCGCACACAUGUUGAGAAGGAACAUUUUUGCGCAUUAGAAGAGGUGAAAGAGAGAGAGGAGAGUGUGGAGUGUGCAGAGAGUGAAGUGAAGGUGGAGCAGAAAGAAGAACCGUACCAGAGUGACGGAAGAGAAAGAACGAUCAUCAGCAGCACGAAGAAAAACUGCAAAUAUGUAUAUGAAACGUGUGUGAUAUUCAAUGGGAAAGAAGAGGAAGCAGAGCGGCAAAGCAGUGCUAGCGGAAGAAGUGGAAGUGCUGCCAGCGACAACGUAGGCAGGCAGGCAGCAGAGGUGAGAGCAGCAGACCGGCAUUGGUGGUGUUGUGUGUGAUAUAAAAAAAAAACGAAAUAUGUGAAACGGAGAAAGGAAAGGAGAAAGCAGAAAUCAACGGAAGCAAACAAAAUAAAACCAAUAGAAAAGGAAACAACAAAAGCGGACGAAAAUAAGCCUGUCCAAAAAUUCCAAUUUAUAGAUGUGAAGAAUCCCUAGGUGCUAAUUUAGUUGAUAAGAGCAAAAGAAACAGUGAGAGAGAGAGAGAGGGAGAGAGAAAAAUAACACACACACACACACACACACACAUAGAGUACAAUAAACACUGCUAUCAACGCCAAGUAAAUUUCAAACUGGGUGGCAACCUUUUGUUCGAGCGGGCACCCAAAAGUAUGCAACAGGAAAACCCCAGCCACGACUAAAGAGAGAGCGAGCGAGAGAGAGAGAGAGCGAGAGCGGUUAUUAUUUCUCCUUUCCCCUGCGGACAACUGCAGCCGAAAUGUCCAAAUAUUUCGUGCCUGUUGUACCAAACAGCAGCAGCACCAACGGAAACAACAGCAACGGCAACACCACACAGCGACAACAACAGCAUUAUGGCACAGGUGCCAUCAGCACAGGUCACACUUUUGUGGCACGAAAACUCAACUAUGACAUGUUGGGGGGAAGCGGCGGCACAAACCACAACAACAACAAUAUUGUGAUCAAAAGCGAAAUGCUGGAUCUGGACUACGACCAUGGCUUAAGCAGCAGCGACAGCAACAGCAACAGCAACAGCAAUAGCAACAGCAACAGCAACAGUGGAGUGGCCGCACACCUGAGGGAUCAUGUGUACAUCAGUCUGGACAAGAUACCCGCAACAGUGGUCAAUGCCCAACAGCAGCAGCUGCCACAGCAACAGCAACGGGGUGGCAGUGUGACCAGUAAAUCGAAUGAUAUCACCAAGUACUACAAGGUCAAGCGCCGGCCGCAGCCCGUCACCGAUGAGAUACAUCCGAAGAAGCAAGCGAAGCAGGGCCUUCUGCAUCAGACUGUUGGCUAUCAGAAGCAUGUUGUGGCCAGCAGUACGCCCCAGCAUCAGGAGCAACAGGCACAGCAUCCACAGCACCGCCGCCACCACCAGCACCACGAGCACGAGCUAGAUAUAGAGGAUGAUGUGUCGGAGAGAAGCGGCGGCAAGCCGUCGGCUACGCAACAUUCGUUUGUGCUGACAACGCCCCAACAGCAGCUGUCCGCCUCAGCGAGCAGCUCAUCGGCCGGCGAUCGCAAUCGGGCCGAUACCUCGUUGGGUAUAUUGACCAAAAAGUUUGUCGAUCUGCUGCAGGAAUCGCCCGACGGCGUUGUCGAUCUGAACGAGGCCUCCAACCGUCUGCGCGUGCAGAAGCGUCGCAUCUACGAUAUCACCAACGUGCUCGAGGGCAUCAAUAUAUUGGAGAAGAAGUCCAAGAACAACAUCCAAUGGCGGGGCGGUCAAUCGAUGGUCAGCCAAGAGCGCUCGAGGCGCAUAGAGGCCGAAUCCGAGCGUCUGGAGCAUCGGGAGAACGAGCUCAAUAUGCGCCUAGAUCAGAUGAGGGACGAGCUGGCGAAAAUCUCCAAGGAAGUGGAGAAUGCCGGCGGCAUGGCCUAUGUGACGCAAAACGAUCUAUUGAACGUGGAUCUGUUCAAAGAUCAGAUUGUGAUUGUAAUCAAGGCGCCACCAGAGGCCAAGCUUGUGUUGCCCAACACAAAGUUGCCGCGUGAGAUUUAUGUGAAGGCCGAGAACGGGGAGAUCAAUGUCUUCCUCUGCCAUGACAAUUCGCCGGAGAAUUCGCCAAUCGCCUCGGGCGCUGGUUACUUGGGGGCACCGGGUGCCGGGUGUGUGCGUACCGCAACAUCGACACGACUGCACCAUCUGACCGGCCAGCGACUGAACGAUCCGCUCUUCAACAAUAUAGAUGCAAUAAGCACGAAGGGGUUAGGUCCCACACCAUAUCGCUCGGCCCAGCGUAACCUCAGCAAAUCGAUUGAGGCCGCCGCCGCUGCACAGCAAUCCUCCCAGCCUGAAUAUAAUAACAUUUGUGAUAUUGCGAUGGCCCAGCAGCAGCAGCAGCAGCAGCAUCAUCCUCAGAACCAGCAAACCGAAGACGAUGAUGUGGAAGCGGAGCUUCAACAGCUGGUGCCUACGCUCACCCAUCCGGUGGUGCGCAGCCAUCCGUACGGCCAGCAACAGCAUCAACAUCAGCUGCAUAACUCCAUCCAGCAGCUGUUUAGCAGCUUAACCGAAUCCUCUCCCACCACGCCCACGACAAGGCGUCGGGCGGCAGCAGAAGCUGCAAUUGCCGCGGGACAUCCCACAGCAACAACCACAGCAACCACUACGCUUAAUAGUCAUAACAGCAGCAGUUCCCAACCUCCCACAAUAGGCUACGGCAGCAGGAGCAGUCAGCCACCUCCUCCACCUCCACCGCACCACCAUCAUCAGCAACAGCAGCAACAGCAGCAGCAACAGCAACAGCAACAGCCACAGCACCAGCAACGACGUAGCGAUGUGCCUAUGUAUAAUUGUGCAAUGGAAGAUGCAGCCGCCACAACAGAAACAGCAGCAGCCACAAACCGAGAUGCAGCGACAGCAUCAGCAUCUUCCUCCUCCUCCUCCUCGGCAAUGGGCUCCCUGCAUAUGCAGUUCGCGGCAGUGGCUGGGAACGAGGGGAGCCACAGCGGCAGCGGCAGCGGCAGCUAUGGCGGCAACCUGUCCGGCGCUGGCGCCAGUGCGGAUCAUCAACAGCUAUACAUCCAAAAUCGCCAUAACCUGCCUCUGCCGCCCAGUAUGGGUGACUGCGAUGCGAGCAACAACAGUAGCAAUGUUACGCUUCAGGGCCUCGAUGCUUUCUUCAAUGAAAUGGGCCCGGACUACUUCAGCCAUGAUAUGGCCUUUGUGUCCAUCAAUCCGCCGGAUGAUAAUGAGUAUCCGUAUGCGCUCAAUGCAAACGAGGGUAUCGAUCGUCUGUUUGACUUCGGUUCCGAACCCUACGAACCCUAAGAGGAGACACAUCCCCACACACAC